AAGUUUUCAGUUUUUAUUACAAUUCAAAUCAAGUCUCAAUUAUUAUUUCUAUUUUUGUCCUAAUCUAACGCCCCAAUUUUCAUGAUGUACGCUAUCUUGUUAGGCACAAUUUUAUUUCUAUUUUUAUUACACUGCUUUAUAAAAUAUAGAAGAGUGGGAAAACUUUUAAGUCUUAUUCCAGGACCUAAGGAAUAUCCCAUAAUAGGAAAUAUGCAUCAUGUUCAAGUUGACAAUAAUCAUUUACUUGAGGAACUAUGGAGAUUAGGUAGAGUGCAUUAUCCAAUUUACAAAUUAUGGAGCUUUUCUAUUUCUUCUGUAGUUUUACUCGAUCCAGAUGAUAUUCAGGUGGUAUUGAAUAGCAAUGAAAAUCUUGAAAAAGGAAUUAAUUACAAAACUCUUCUUUCCUGGCUUUCUUCGGGAUUAUUAACUAGUUACGGUCAAAAAUGGCGCUCACGACGAAAGAUGUUAACCCCUGUAUUUCACUUUAGUAUUCUUAAACAUUACUUUAUUAAUUUAAUUGAGGAAUCACAAGMACUUGUCGAAUCUCUUCAAAAUGAGGGAGAUGGAAAUCCUGUUGUCCAAGAUUUGCGAACAUUUAUCAGCAAAUAUACUCUUAACGCAAUAUGCCAAACAUCUUUGGGUACUCAAUUGACAGGAAAAGGUGAAAUAGAAUCUAAAUAUCGUCAAGCUGUUCAUGUUUAUGCCACAAUUCUUGCAUAUAGAUCUUUUAGACCUUKGUAYUUSUCMGAKACAAUAUUUGCAUUUUCACCACUUGGUAGAGUACAAACAGAAGCGUUGAUAACAUUGCAUAGUUUUUCAAGAAAUAUAAUUGAAGAAAGGAAACGUUUUCACGAACAAASUAAUGGAGAAUAUUUGAAAAUCUUUGAAAAUUUGGAUGAGGAUGACGUUCCUAAUGACGGUCUAGAAAAGGAAAAUAAGUAUUUGCAGAAUAAGAAAAAACAUUCUCUGCUAGAUUUGCUUAUAGCCKCAUCUUGGAACGAUAAUCAAAUAGAUGAGGAAGGAAUUCGAGAAGAAGUUGAUACUUUCAUGUUUGUGGGCCACGACACUACUGCAAGUGCACUGUGCUUUACUUUGAGUCUUUUUGCUAAGCACAGAAAUGUCCAGGAAAAUAUAAGAAAGGAGGUUAGAACAAUUUUGCAAGAUGAUAAUUUAACGAUGUCAUCACUUUUAAACCUUUCCUAUUUGGAGAGGUGUCUAAAAGAAUCUCUUCGUUUGUAUCCACCCGCCUAUUUAAUAUCUCGGCGAAUUUCUCACGAUAUGCAACUAAAGAAUUAUUUAAUUCCAUCUAGUACUUAUUGUCAUAUAAGCAUUCGAAACGUGCACAGAAAUCCGGAAUAUUGGCCAAAUCCAAAUGUUUUCGAUCCGGACAGAUUUUUACCGGAGAAUAGUAAAGAUCGACAUCCGUACUCCUACAUACCAUUUAGUGCAGGACCAAGAAACUGUAUUGGUCAAAAAUUGGCAAUGCUUGAGCUUAAACUCUUCAUAGCUUAUAUAUUGUACAAUUUUGAGUUGGAACCGGUGGAUGAUCUAGAUGACGUUACAUAUUUAGCUGGUAUCACCUUAGGCUCUGCAAAACCACUUCGAGUCAAAUUUAUACCUAUUACAUAAGUAUUUUUAUAUGCAUUAUUAAUACAAAAUAAGAAAAAAUUUGUAUGUAUAUGUAGAAAAGUUAUUCGUUAUUGAUGAUUAUUGUUAGAAAACUUUAAUUUACUUUGUAUAAAU